GAUUUGGUUAAGGUUGUAAGAAAGUGUACUUCAAAUGUCCGGUGGUAUCACGAUCAUACAUAUUUGAGGGUUGAGUUGAAGGAAAAUAAUUAUUAUAGUAUUGCACACGUUUAAGUAGCUAAUCAAAGUCUUUUUGUACUAAUUAUGAUGUUAGUGCGUGACUAACACGUGGGAGUAGUAACAGCCGAAUAACAUCGCCUUUCUUCAGUUCAUUCAACCAGUGAAUAUAGAAAAGAAAGUGCUGGAGGCUUUUUGGAGGAGUUUGUUUUACAGUUUCAGCUGUUUUUCAUUUUGUUGUUAGACGGCUUGGAAAAAAACUCGGGCCUUGGAUAUUAGAUAAUGCAUUUGAAUAGGCAUUUUUCAUAGUGUGUGAUUUGUCUUUUUACAUCUGGAUUAGUACGGUUAAAGAGAAAAGAAAACGGGGUACUGUCUGUUGCCCCAAAGGAAAGUGAAAAUAUGACAAUGUAUUCGUCUAGUAAAAUAUUAUUCCUAAGGAACUGCAGAACUUUAUUGAUAAGUUUGAUUUUAUUAAAUGGAAUUUUAUUAUCAACUUCAGAAUCGGAAAAAGAUUUUGAAUUUUUAGAUGACGAAUUAUCAUUACAUAAAGUAGAAAAACGUUCUGUAACAGACGAUGAAGAUUUUUUAAAUGAUGAAUCAGGAUCAACACCAGAGGGCAGUGGUGACACUGACGAAAAAGUCAGUUAUAGAGUGGUAUACAGAGUAGACGUGAACUUCACAGAUAUUUUAUAUACACAGGAAUUAUCUAAUAGAGACAGUAAUGAAUUUAAAACUUUAGCAGAAAAAAUUCAGAAUGUCUUAACACCUUUAUAUAUAAAUGUACCUGGUACCCAGGAAGUAGUUGUGAUUCAAUUUCAACCUGGAUCUCUUCUGACGACUUUUGAUUUAACGUCACGAGGUUACUAUGAUGAACCUGUUUUAAGACAAACCCUAGAAAAACCACUGAAUGAUGGACGAGUUGGACAGUAUAAAGCUAGCCCUGUGGGUUUUGCUUUCAGAUCAUUCUCAGGUCACAGUGAUUCAACUAGAACAUUAACCCUUCCAUCGACUGUUCUUUAUCUCAAUGAUGGAAGAACAUGUCCAGAUUUUGUUGGAAGGGACCCUUCAAGAUUACCUCGCUCCGGAGACAACCGUGCCAAUCUUCUUAUAAACAACAUCUUUCCAUGCCGUGGUUAUGUCGUUGCUUGGCAAUAUUAUCGUAUUGUUCCUCGUUACACUGGCUAUGUUGGUGUCUGGAGACAAAUCAACGAUUUACAGUUUCGACUUAUCGGUAAAACAGAACUUCCAAUUGCCAAUGAAGGAAACCAGACUGUCUUCGUUGAUCCACCAAUUGCUGUCGAGAAAGGAGAUUUCAUUGGUAUCUUUUAUCCAAAACUGGCAGAAGAAGGCGUGGUUGCCAGUGCCACACGAGCAGAAGAUACUGUUAACGACAGAGAAUUGUAUCAAAAUUAUUACGCAAGAAUCUACAAUGAAGACGCAAGCACUGGAAGCAUAAUAAAUUUAAAUGGCACUGAGUUUCAGGAUACAAAAGCUACUUUUGCCCUUAAAGCUAUAAUGGAUUACACUGGUAUAGAUGGAUCUGUUACCCCAUCAAGAUGUGCAGACAACCAGUUCCGUUGUGAUGAUGGUGAUUGUGUAGAUGGAAGGUUUAAAUGUGACGGACAAAUUGAUUGUAAUGAUGAGUCAGAUGAACUUAACUGUCCGGCUGUCAUAUGUAAUACUGAUGAGUUUCGUUGUAAUAACAAGCAGCAGUGUGUACCCAAAGUCUUCGUUUGUAAUAGACAGUUUGACUGUGCCGAUGACAGCGAUGAAGACAAUUGUCCUGAGGGAUGCCGUUUGGGCCAGUUUGAAUGCCGUAAUGGACAAUGUAUUGAAUCCUUACUGAGAUGUAAUGACCAGUUUGAUUGUGAUGAUCUGUCUGAUGAAGAAGAAUGUAAUGUUGCUCCACCCUGUCCAGAAGGACUUUAUCGUUGUGAUGAUGGACAAUGUGUUUCACCAGACGCCAGAUGUAAUGGAAUAGUCCAAUGUAGGGAUCGCUCAGAUGAAGCCAAUUGUGCCUGCAGACCAGAUGAGUUUCGAUGUAGAAGUGGACAGUGUAUACCAAACUCUAGAAAAUGUGAUAGUACCCCUGACUGUCAGGAUCGUUCAGACGAAGAAGAUUGUCCUGUAAAACCAGCAUGUCCAGAGGGCAUGUUUACCUGUGCUGAUAAUCAGUGUAUACCACAAGCAAGGAGGUGUGACAAUAGACAAGACUGUCGUGAUAAUACUGAUGAAUCCGUAGCAACAUGUGGUGUAAUUGUGACCUCACUGAAAAUAACGAACAAAGAGCUAGUUCUGAAUGAGGGAGAAACUGCUGUGUUUGAUUGUGUUGUCGAAGCUAAUACCGCUGUCAAAAUCCAUUGGACCAGAGGUUCUCAGUUUCAGGAUAAUAUGGAUAUACCAUCUAAAGCUGUGAUUGAUAGAGGAAGACUGACCAUUCCAAAUCUGGUACUCGCUGAUGCUGACACCUACAUCUGUUCUGUACCUACAGCACCAAGAGCCACUCCAGACAGGGCCAGUCUAUUGGUUAUCCCAGCAUGUGAACCGAACCAAUUCCGUUGCCGAGAUGGAACAUGUAUUACAGACACGUACAGAUGUGAUGGUUAUGCUGACUGUAAUGAUCGUUCUGAUGAGGAAAACUGCCCAGGAGGUCCAUGUCGUACAGGUCAGUACGUCUGUGACGACGGGUCAUGUGCCAGGCAAGGAAGUGGCUGUAAUGACCGUACAGAGUGCAGAGAUGGGUCAGACGAAUUUCCUAAAUAUUGUGGUUGUCCAAGUCUAAGACAGUUCCAAUGUAGAGAUGGUACCAAGUGUAUUGAUGCCAUGCAGGAGUGUGAUGGAAUUACUGACUGUACUGAUCGAUCAGAUGAACAUAGCAGAUGUGUAUCCACAUGUCGCCCUGAUGAAUUCCGUUGCAGUGAUGGUACAUGUAUCAACCUUGUUAAAGAGUGUGAUGGUGUCAGAGACUGUGUGGACAAUUCUGACGAAAAUAAUUGUCCCACGUUGAAUUGUCGUGCCGAUCAGUUUACUUGUACACAACAAUUCCAGUGUAUACCAGCGGCUAGAAAAUGUGAUGGUUUCGCUGACUGUUCUGAUAGAACUGACGAGGAAGGCUGUGCUUGUAAACCCAACGAGUUCCGCUGCAGUAAUGGUCAGUGUAUUGAUAACAGGCGGCAGUGUGAUCGUAACAGGGAUUGUUUGGACAACUCUGAUGAGGAGGGAUGUGGAUGUCAACCAAAUGAAUUUACAUGUAGAAGUGGAGACUGUAUCCCUGCUGACCGUAGAUGUGAUAGGAGAUCAGAUUGUCGUGAUGGCUCAGAUGAACUGAAUUGUCCAUCUGCAAUAUGUGAACCCAAUGAAUUCAGGUGUAGAAAUGACCGUUGUGCAAUGAAGAUCUGGCGUUGUGAUGGAGAUGAUGAUUGUGGAGAUAAUUCAGAUGAAGAAGAUUGCCCAACAAGAAAACCUGGUGAUCCAUGCGAUACAAUUGAGUUCCAAUGUAUGUCAGGUGAUCAGUGUGUUCCAGGGUCGUACCAAUGUGACGGAGAAAUCGAUUGUCAAGAUCGAUCAGACGAAAUUGGCUGUUCUCCUCCCGUCAUCAAUUUACCACCAGUAUCGAAGAUAGAUGUAGAAUUAGGUGGGAGUUUUACCAUUAUUUGUGAAGCUGUUGGUACACCCACACCACUGAUUGUCUGGAGAUUGAACUGGGGAAAUAUCCCUACUGGGCCCCGUGUGUUCACAAGCAGCAAGAGUGGACGAGGAAAUCUCACAAUUACAGACGCUCGUGUGGAAGAUUCUGGUGCAUACACAUGUGAAGCGAUUAACACACGAGGUUCUAUCUUUGCUACACCUGAUGCUAUUAUUAUCGUCAGGAGAUAUCCAGCAGGACUUUGCCAACAGCCAUAUUUCAACGUUGAAGCUUCUGUCACUGGUGACUGUGUUCGUUGUUUCUGUUUUGGACACUCUGACGAAUGUUACAGCAGCAAUUUACAAAUUUCACAGAUAAAUCUAGUUGGUGAGAUGAAAUUGUUAGACACAAAUUCAUCAAGGGCAGUUGAGACAGCCUAUGUCCAGCAGCUACCAUCAUUGAGGGGUGCACAGGUGCCAAGAUUUGACCGACUGUCACCCAAUAUGUAUUAUUACUGGAGCCUGCCCAGCGAGUUUCUGAGUGAAAGGUUAACCAGUUAUGGUGGCAAGCUACAAUACAAGGUGUACUAUGAAAUAGCUGGUGGAUCCCAGUAUCCAACUCAACAAUCAGAUGUUAUGAUUACGGGAAAUGGUAUUACCUUGUACCACAGAACUUCUACACAAUUUCGACCAAGAGGAGAGAACACUGUAUCAGUUGCAUUUUUGCCGAAUGAGUGGACUAGGGAGGAUCAGCCUAAAAGAGGAGAUACCCCUGUAAGGGAAUAUGCCUCAAGGGAGGACUUGAUGAUGGUUCUAGAAAAUGUUGAGUCCAUUAAAAUCCGCUCUCAGUAUGAUGCCAGACAGACUUUAACAAGGGUUAAUGAUGUAAUAUUGACCACAGGAGUACAGCAGGAUACAGGAUUAGGUAGAGCUGUGUAUGUAGAAGACUGUGUUUGUCCUGCCGGACAUACUGGCUUGUCUUGUCAGGAUUGUGCCGUUGGUUACCAUCAAGUUAGAAAUGGACGAUACCUUGGAAACUGUGUACGGUGUCGCUGUAAUGGUCACUCAAGUGAUUGUGACCCUGUGACUGGUCAGUGUAGGUCCUGUCAACAUAACACUGAAGGAACCAACUGUGAAAACUGUGCACGAGGUUACUAUGGAGAUGCCACUCAGGGUACUUCAAAUGAUUGUAACUCAUGUCCUUGUCCACUCACAGAUUCAACCAAUCAAUUUAGCCCGACCUGUGAGAUUGAUCGUAGAGAUGGACAGGUGACAUGUACAGCCUGUGCUCAAGGUUACGAAGGAAGACGAUGUGAGAGAUGUGCCAGGGGUUACGUGGGAAAUCCACAAAUUGUUGGAGAUUAUUGUCGCAUCAGUGAUGAGAGGUGUGACUCCAGAGGAAGUUUAAGUCAGCUACCAGAUUCUGUUACCAGACAAUGUACAUGCAAGACAAAUGUGUAUGGAAGGAAUUGCGACCAAUGUAAACAAAAUACAUUUUAUCUGAGUGUAAACAAUCCAUAUGGCUGUGUCUCCUGUUUCUGUAUGGGUGUGACUCAACAGUGUACCAGUACCUUUUGGCAUAGAGCUCAGAUUGGAGCAUCUUUCACCAGAGACAGACAAGGAUUUUCAUUGGUUGAUAUUGCUCAGCGACAAGAACCAACCACAGAUGGUUUUACAGUGAACAGCAAUGUCAGAGAGUUGAUCUAUAGAAGAUUUAACACACUACCACAGAGAGUAUAUUAUUGGUCACUUCCUCAGAGGUUCUUGGGUGAUAAGGUGACAUCUUAUGGUGGAAAUCUUAACUUUGUAAUCAGCUAUAGACCUGGACUGGAUACCAGCCCACAGGACACUGCUGCUCCACUGGUGGAAAUAAGUGGAAACGAUAUAACAUUAGUUUACAAGGACAAAACUGCCCCAUCAUCAAAUACACCUGCAGUAUACAAAGUGCCAUUAUAUGAGCAAUUUUGGACAAGACCCGAUGGAGAACCUGCCACCAGAGAAUUCUUGUUGAUGGCUUUAGCUGAUGUUAGUGCCUUACUGAUCAGAGCUACCUUUACAAGAGACACAGAAUCUGCAAGUAUCCGUGAUGUAAUUAUGGACAUAGCAGAAGACAGAGAUACCAGAUUAGACAGGGCUUAUGCUGUAGAACAAUGUGCUUGUCCAACUGGUUACAAAGGAUUGUCCUGUGAGGAUUGUGAUAGUGGGUAUACUAGGACAGGAGGUGGUCUGUACCUUGGGUUAUGUGAACCAUGUCAGUGUAACAGACAUUCCAGUGAGUGUGACCCAGAGACAGGAACAUGCAAGAACUGUCAACAUAAUACAGAAGGUGAUACGUGUGAGAGAUGUGCCCCUGGUUUCUAUGGCGAUGCUAGAGGAGGAUCUCCAACUUCCUGUCAACCAUGUCCAUGUCCUCUUACAGAAUCUCCAAAUCAAUUCAGUCCAGUUUGUGAGUUAUCCAGUGAUGGCCAGGUGACAUGUACGGCUUGUCCUGCAGGUCACACAGGCAGGAGAUGUGAAAGCUGUAUACAAGGCUAUACUGGUAACCCACUCAGACCUGGAGAUUACUGUAAAAUUGGACCAGUUGGACCAGAUUGUAAUUGUGACAGCAGGGGAACAGUUCCUAACACACAGUGUGAUCCUAACAAUCUACAAUGCACGUGUAAAUCCUAUGUAAGAGGUCUGCGUUGUAGUACAUGUAAAGAUGGCUAUUUUUAUUUGGAUCAAAGUAACCAACAGGGAUGUCUGGCAUGUUGGUGUAAUGGCCUGACCAACCAGUGCUCUAGUUCAUCUUACUAUAGAGAUGAGCUAAGACCACAGUUAGGAUCAGAUGGAAGCCAUAACUUUGCCCUUACAAACAGAAGAUUAAGUAACACAAUCACUGAUGGUUUUGAACUAGAUGUCACAAGACGGGAAGUCAAAUUCGCCAGAUUAGAUAGUGUCCAGAAGGAACGAGAAAGUCUUUACUUCAGCCUGCCUCCCAAGUUUAGAGGAAACAAGGUGGAAUCUUAUGGUGGUUAUCUACGAUUUACAUUGGAGACCCAUGUGGCUCAGGAUGCAGGAAGCACCUUUAGGGAUGUUGAUAUAGAAAUAAUUACAAGUGGACAGAGAGAGCGAAUGUACCAUCUAUUUAAUCCUGCAGUCAAGAUGUAUGAAGCUAACUUAUAUGAGAUUUUACUUAGAGAGUCAACUUUCCAAUUGAGCGAUGGAUCAACACCAACCAGAGAAGCAUUCCUUAGGAUAUUGUCUGACAUUGAGGCCAUUCUCAUCAGAGCUACAUACCACAGCAUCACCUCAUACACAUCAUUACGUGACCUUCGUAUGGAUACAGCUGUACCUGAAGUUACCAACCUUGGUCGCGCUCCAAUGGUUGAGAGCUGUCGAUGCCCAGAAGGAUACAGAGGACUCUCAUGUGAAGAGUGUGCUGUUGGUUAUCUAAAGGAUACCAAUAAUCGUUGUAUCAGAUGUAGCUGUAAUGGGCAUGCUUCAGCAUGUGAUCCAGCAACUGGAGUCUGCUUGAACUGUCAAGACAAUACUGAAGGUGAGAGAUGUGAAAGAUGUGCUACUGGUUACUAUGGUGAUUCCACAACUGGUACCCCUAAUGAUUGUAGACCUUGUCCUUGUCCACUCACUGUACCCUCUAACCAAUUUUCCCGAAGUUGUUACCUUGAAUCAGAUGGUCUAGUCACAUGUGAUAGAUGUCCACCAGGAUAUAUUGGUAGAAAGUGUGAAAGGUGUGAUACAGACAGAGGCUACACUGGUAACCCUACAGAAGUAGGAGGAAGAUGCCAGAGAGAUGAGGUCCUAAAACCUGUUGUAACGGUCAACCCAACAGAGCUAGAGGACACAGUCGGUCAGACUAUAGUCUUCCAAUGUAAUGUGCAAGGUCCAGGGCCUUUCAAUGUAAUCUGGAGUAGAAUAGACGGCCAAGGUCUACCAAAUAGAGCCCAAGUUGGUCCAAGAUACUCACUUACAAUCAGAGAUGUACAAGAGACAGAUGCAGGCAGAUAUGUUUGUACGGCAACUAAUGUUCACGGCAGCAACAGGCAGUAUGUCAACUUAAUUGUGUUAGGUAAACAACAGCCUAUUAGGGUGUACAUUGAACCACCAAAGGAAAGAUCGGUUGAUCAGGGACAAUCGGUUAGAUUUGUCUGUGUUGCUCAAGGAGAAAUGCAGGGUCGACGUCUGCAGAGCAACUACAUCCUGUCUUGGUCAAAAGUGGGUGGUUUGAUGCCGAACAAAGCUAUUGAUCAGAAUGGUGUGCUGGUCAUUCCAAAUGUCCGACCAGAAGAUGGUGGUACUUACGAGUGUACGGGUUCUGACAUGUUCAAUAUGGAUACAGAUAGGGCUACUCUUGUUGUCAGCGCACAACAAGUACAGCCUACUGUUAGAAUUGAGCCAACAUUCCAAACUGUGAAUGAAUUUGAGACAGCAGAAUUCAGAUGUGUAACAACUGGUCGACCAGCACCAACGGUAGAAUGGCGAAGAGGAACUGGUACUAUGAACCCCAGUGCUGUAAUAUCUGGUGGUGUGUUGAGGAUACCAGCUGCUCUAAGAAGUGACGAGGCCCAGUACUUCUGCAAGGCAUCAAAUGUAGCAGGAACCACAGAAGUUAGAACCAUUCUUUAUGUUAAAUCUAAUCCACGACCACCAACUGAUAUAACAAUCAUUGUAAGACAAGUAGCCAUUAUAGCAACAAUAGGAAGUACUGAACAACUUAUAUGUUAUAUUGACGAUAAUUCCAUCAGACCUACGUUGAUCUGGUCAAGGAAUGGAGGUCUUCCUUCAGGCUCUGCACAAGAGAAUGGUGUUUUGACCUUGAACAACAUUCAGCCAUCUUUUGCUGGUUCCUAUGUGUGUACAGGUAUAACACCAAAUGGAGACAGGGGAACAGGCACAACUACUCUGACUGUACGACCUGAAAUAGAAACCACAGUACCAACUGCUACAGUGACACCAGAUAGAACAACUAUUGCCCAGGGAACUACUGGUACCAUUAGAUGUAGUGUAACUGGUACCCCACAACCUAAAAUCACAUGGUCUAAAUCUAGAGGAGAACUGACAGCCAGACAUCAGGUCGUAGGAGAAAUGUUGAGAAUCACUAAUGCCCAAGUAGAGGACCGUGGGGUAUACAUCUGUCGUGCUGAGAAUACUGCAGGAUUAGGACAAGGCUGGGCCAUUGUAGAAGUUGAAAGAAGAGCUAAGCCUAUGUUGGACAUCUAUCCAGCGAUAUCUCAGACGAUAAAGACUGGAGAAAGUGCAUUGUUCCAGUGUCGUGUAAUGGGUGGAGACCCUCCUCCAACUGUCACAUGGUCAAGAGCUGGAGGAGAGCCAAUGUUGUCUACCAUAGAUACGAUGGAGAAUGGAGUCAUCAUGUUUAAGGGUGUGACAGGGGAGGAAGCAGGCGGCUACAUUUGUACGGCCACAAAUGAAAUGGGAUCUGUGACAGCUACAGCCACACUUAUCAUUCAGGGUCCACCUAGAAUUGUUAUCUCGCCUAGUAAGAAAGUGUUUGCUGUAAUCGGCCAGAGAGUAUCUUUAGAAUGUACUGGUGAAGGUGAUCCUAUUCCAACAGUACAGUGGAAAUAUGAAAGGGCACCAGACAGAGGUGAUGUACCAACACCAGUAGAGGGCGCCCUCAGUCAAGGAUCAGCAACACUUACUCUCAAUGCUGUUUCUAGGAGUGAUUCCGGAAAUUACUAUUGUACGGCUAAUAAUGUAGCAGGGUCUGUCACUGAAACUGUUCAACUUGAAGUUCAGGAAAGUGGUCAGCCAUCAAGAGAGACUGGUGUGACAAUCAGAGGACCAGGACAGCGUACAGUUAGAGAAGGAGAAACUGUAACGAUUGAAUGUGAUACUUCAGGAAUACGAAAUGCUGUGGUCCGUUGGAGGAAACGUGAUGGAUUGAUGCCACCCAACCAUUCAGUUCGAGGAGGAACAUUAACCAUACCUAAUUUCCGAUCAGUAUACAGUGGGGAAUACAUCUGUUCUGCAUCAUCUCCUGUUAAAAAUUAUGAGACAUCAGUUUUUAUCAUUGUUACAGUUACACCAAGUCUGACCAUCUCUCCAGCCAGAGUGGAAGCUAGGGCAGGAGGUACUGUUCAGCUAAGAUGUCGGCCACAGGGAUCAGGACCAUGGAACAUUGAAUGGUUGAAGGUCGAUGGUGUCCUUAAUCCUUCAGCUACACAGACUAGAGAUGGUCUUCUAGAAAUAAGACAAGUGACUGCAGCAGACACAGGCAGAUACCGUUGCUUAGCAACAGGAAGCAGUGGAUCUUCUGAUGGUUUUGCUAUAGUAUCUGUAACAGUGCCGCCAACAAUUACCCUUUCACAACGUGAUGCCAGGCCAUAUUUGGGUCAGUUGAUGGAAUUGAGAUGUCAGGCUUCAGGAAACCCACCACCUAGUAUAACAUGGGAGAAAGAAAAUGGAGUCCUUCCAAGGGAUCAUACUGUCAAUAAUGGUGUUCUGCAAAUUUUCAAUGUGAGACAAGAAGACAGUGGCCGAUACAUUUGUCAAGCUGCCAGUCCGGCAGGAGUCGACAGAGAAUAUGUUACCCUUACUGUACAAGGACGUAACACUGGGGGUAAUAAUGAUAAUGAUCCAAUCCGGAUAGAUACACAGACUGUUAACAUUGGUGAAAGAGUAGAAAUGGAAUGUGUUGUCACAGGAACACCCAUACCCACAGUAACAUGGUCAAGAAUAGGAGAACCACUGCCGGAGACUUCUACCGUGAACGAUGUGUUCCUGGUUAUUCCAAAUGUCAGAAUAGAGGAUGCUGGGACUUAUGUUUGUACAGCUCAAAAUCUGAGAGGAACAAUACAACAAAGAGUCAAUUUGUUUGUCAAAGCCCGUCCUAUAAUAUCAGGAAGUCAGGCUGACUCCAUGACAGCAGCUCUGGGAUCUAAGGCAUCCAUGUCAUGUGAGGCUGUAGGAUAUCCACAACCUGAUAUCACAUGGUACAGAAAAGAUGGACAAAUGCCAAGCGAAUAUACAGUGGAGAAGGAUGGUCGUCUGACAAUACCCAAGGUAAACCCUGAUGACGCUGGCAUGUAUGUCUGUAGUGCUGGUAAUGAGCUCGGAAAGAUUGAACAACCAAUGGAACUUGUUGUUGGAGAUCUGGUACCCUACUUCCCACAGAACCCAGUUUCCUAUAUAACUUAUCCACCAAUGAAUGAUGUUUAUCUGGACUUUGAUAUCCUGCUUAGACUUAAACCAGAGGCAACUGAUGGUUUAGUUUUGUAUAAUGGUAACGAGGACUUCCAGAGAGGAGGUGGAGAUUACGUCUGCUUUGGGUUGAGAGAAGGUUACCCAGAAUUCACCUUUGAUGUAGGAUCUGGACCAGCCAUCAUUCAGGGUAACGAGACCUUGGACCUGAACCAAUGGCACACAGUCAGACUAGAGAGAAACAGGAAAGCUGGUACUUUAACUGUCAAUGAGAAACAGAAAUACAUUGGAGAAACUCCUGGCCGAUUCCAGGGCCUGGACCUCACACAAGACAUGUACUUAGGUGGUGUUCCAGAUUAUAGUAAGAUACCUCAGCCAGCCAGAUAUACCACAGGAUUUGUAGGUGCCAUUAGCCAGGUUGAAAGAAAUGGUGAUAACUUGAACUUGGGAGCUGAUGCUGUUACUCUAGAGGGUAUAGAGAUGUAUGAUGCCUGUCAGAACAGACCAUGUAUGAAUGGAGCUAGAUGUACUCCUGCUAAUUCAGGAGAUGGAUUCAGAUGUGUCUGUCCUCAAGGAUUUACAGGGGAGAGAUGUGACCAACAGGGACAGAGAUGUUAUCCAGGUGCCUGUGGACCAGCUGGACGUUGCCGUGACCUUCCUAAUGGGUUCACUUGUAUUUGUCCAAUGGAAAGUUCUGGACCUGGUUGUCUGACAGUUGGAAGAAUCAACAUUCCAAGAUUCAACAAGACUUCAUUUGCUGCCUACGCUGCAGUACAAGGAGCUAAGUUUGAAAUGAAGAUAGAAUUAGAAUUUAAACCACACAGUCUGGAUAAUGGAAUUGUUUUAUAUAGUGCUCAAAGUAAUGAUGGAAUUGGAGAUUAUGUCUCUUUGGCUCUAAGGAAUGGAUAUUUGGAGUUCAGAUACAAUACUGGCUCAGGCCCAGCAGUUCUCAGCAGUAGACGCAGGCUAACAGUCAAUGAAUGGGUCAAGGUUGUUGCUUCUAAACAAGGACAGGAAGGAACACUUGUUGUUAAUGAUGAAGAGCCUGUCAAAGUUUGGCCAUGGAGUUACUACAACAAUAGAUAUAGAAAUUACUACAACUACCAUCUGUUGAGACGUUAUCGUUACAGAAGAGCCGCAUCACCUGGAACUACAAUUGGUUUGGAUCUAAGAACCAUGUUAUAUAUUGGAGGAACUGACUCUGAUAAUAAAUUACCACAAAAUCUGGGAAUCACUGAUGGCCUGGUCGGCUGUGUGGCUGAGGUAACUAUUAAUUCCAAACAAGUAGAUUUGAUUGGUUCAGCUGUGGAGACAUACAAUGUACAAGAUUGUGGGGAGAGAAACAUCUGUAAUCGUCGGCCAUGUUUCAAUGGUGGAACUUGUGAAAGACUUUCAUCUUUGGAGUACAGAUGUGUUUGUCCUACAAAAUUCACUGGAAAGAAUUGUGAGACCCAGAUAAAUGUAUGCAUCACCAAGCAGCCAUGUCAAAACAACGCCCCAUGUAGUAUAACUGCUGAUGGAUACAGAUGUGAUUGUCCACUCGGUUAUAUUGGGGUUCAUUGUGAAGGCACAACCCCACUUGGAGAAAAGAUCACUGUUACAGGCGAUGGAUUUUUGGAGUUCGACAAGUCUUUCUUGACCCAGACAGAGAACAAACAGAUUGUCAAAGUGACCAUCAGGACCACAGAACCUAAUGGUCUAAUAUUUUACCAGGGCCAGGCUUCUCCUGCAGGAGGCAUUAGUCGGUCAAAGGACUAUGUAUCAGUUGGUCUUAAAGAUGGAUUUAUAGAAUAUAGUUAUGACCUUGGAAGUGGACCAGCAGUAAUAAGGUCAUUACAGAAAGUAAAUGAUGGCUACGGCCAUACCAUUGAAGUUACAAGAUUGGGACGUCAGGGUACACUAAAGAUUGAUGACAAACAAGAAACUGUAGUUGAGGGUACAUCACAAGGAAUACUUCAGAUGCUUAAUGCAGGCAGCAAUCUUUAUAUAGGAGGAGUACCUUCAGUGGAAACUAUGACAUCCAAUAGAUAUAAAGAAACCUUUAGCGGUUGUAUUUAUGAUAUUUAUUUCAUGGACAAAGGGCCAUUACGUGCCCCAGAAGAUGCUGUUAGAGGAUUCAAUGUGCGCCCAUGUAAAAGCUAAAUUUGUUAAAUGACAAGAUUUUUUUUAUAAGAGUGUAAAAAUCUGUUAAUAUUUGUUAAUGUGCAUGUGUGAUCUUGUUAAUGUGAACAAAUUGUCUGCCAUAUUUUGGAAUACUUAGAUGGCGUGUUUUGAUUGGAUGGUUGAUCAAAUGAAAUGAUUUCAAAGAUAUUUUUAGAUGUACGAAAUAAAUUCCUUAUGAAAAAAAUUGCUUUAAUUUUUCAUAGCUUUGAAGUUUUCAUAAAAUAAAUUUAUAUCCAGGGAUGGAAGUUAAAAGAUAAUAAAAGCUCAUUGAAUUGUUAUUUGUGCCAAUAAUUUUCAAAAGCAUGGCAAAUUAGUAAAUUUUAUGGAUGAAGUGAACCAGCUUUUAAAAUAACACAUUUUGUGUACAAUGAUUGAUAUUAUAUGAUUAUAACAGUGAAUAGUUUUCAGAAUGCAUGCAAGUUACGUACAGGAAUGAAGUUAGCCAUCUUGUUCACGCCACUAAGUUUUAUUUAAUUUCUAAUAUGGUAGUGAUGCAGAUCUGUUAAUGUAUUGAAUGUGUGUUUCAUUUGUUUUGUUAAAUAUGCAAAAAUCAUUUUGUAAAAUGUUUUUUUUUUUAAAUAUUUGAAUGUCAAAGUGUUUGAAUUUUGACAUCUUUAUUGUAAUAAUGCUGUAAUUAAUAUUGUCAAAAAUAGGUGCUAAUAUACCUUAUUGUACAAUGUAGAUAGUAUCCCCUUUAUUAUUAACGCCAUUCUAUCUGUUUCUGUUUUUAAAAAUAAUAUUUUUAUGUAUAUUUCCUGUAGUGUGUUACCAUAGAUCCUGUUUAUAUUGUUGAACUUUCUAUUUUAAAUGGUAACAGGAGUUAACUUUGCAGGCACUUAACAGUACUUGAUUGACUGCAAGCAAAAAUGUCAGUUCUGAAUUUGAAAAAAAAAAAUAAUAUGAAAAGUAACUUCAAGAAGUUUCAGACUUCAAAGAGGACCUUAAGAUCUAUUUACUAAUGAUAAUAUUGGUAGGCAUUUCAAUAAAAAAAAUCAAAAAACUAAUUUUAUUAUAAAAUAUUGUAUUUCAACAUGUUUAAGGUGAUGAAUUCUAUUGCAAAUCCGAGACAUUGUCUUAUUUGUAAUCCUUAUCUUUAAAUGUUUGUGUAACCUUAAAGGUUGUCAUGGAUACUGAGAUUUGUGGAGGUUGUCAUGACCACAGGUUGAACAAAUCUACCACGCUUUUUAUUUUUAUUUCAUUGUGUAUUAUUGUGAUAUAUAUAGACUUAAUCCAAACAUUUAUAUUUCAUUUUAUAAGUUUAGGUGCUGUAUUUUUGUAUUUUUUGUCUUAUUUUAUUUUAAUAAAACCCAUUUUUAUAUCAUAUAGUGUAUUUUAGCUAUUUUGAAUGUUUUUGACAAUGUAUGUUGUCGUUUCUACAAAAAUGAGAGCAAGCCUUUCCAAUUAAAAGACAUGAUAAAUUAUGUUUUGUUACCUAAACAACUGCCAACUUUUUUCUAUGUCAAAUAAUUUUGUAAUUGUUUCUGUUAAAUUAUCGGUACAGUGUAAAAAUACUCAGUUUGAAAAAAUAAACAGUGAAGUUUAUUUUUGAAAUUGUAUGAUACUGGUUAACUAAUACAAGUAUAAAUUCUUUCAGUUUGAUAAUUCCUAAAACGAUAGUUUAAUCAUAAUGUGAAGGAAUGAAGAUUACCAGUGUAGUCCUAGUUUUUUUUUCAUUUUUACGUCUAAAAUAGUUUAAAAGUUUAUACUACAUCAUAGUGUUUAUUUUGCAAUAGAUACUUAUAUACCGUUGCAAGCUAGUGAAAGCUUAAGCCCUAGCAAACUGUUUAGAACUACUGCCAAAUUUCAAUAUUGGUUAUAAAGCUGAUAGAAAAAAAAUUGGAUGUGCAAUGAAUUUGUAGUAACAAAUACCUCAGCUUUGAUCAAAAUAUACCGGCCAGUGCUAAAAGUAUUACAUUUUAUUAUUAGCAUAUAUUAUAAUCUCAUUUUAUAAGAAAUCCAUACUUAUCUUUAUAUAGAAUGCAUAUGUUCAUGCACAUUUUGUAUUAAAGGUGCAAAAUUUUGUUUGCUUGCUAUACAGUUGAAGAACUCAGAUUCAGAAUAUUUAAGUCAAAUAAUAAAAUCAUUGUUUUUAGCUUUUGAUUUUAAUUUGUUACAGAUUAGGAUCUGAAUUCAGAGUUUUACUACAGUCCUAAAAAUACCAUUGAAAUUAUCCACUGAAGAUGUACUUUAAACUUUUAAGUAUUAAUUGUAAGAUUGAACAAGUUUGAUUGCUUACAAUUGAAUGCCAGAUGUCUGUUGCCGUAUUGAUCUACGUGAACUAAACUUUUCAUCUGUUAUCUAGUAGUUUCGUUUUUGCUAUCUUUGUGGUUAGACUUGACAAAAAUCUGUGGAAAACAUAAGAACAUGGUGGCAGUAAUGCAUUCAACCAAUUGAUUUACUAAAGUAAAAUAACCACUGACAGACACUGUGUUACAAUAUCACAGGAACAAAUAAAGUGUCCAAAGUCAUUGCUUUAGAUUUAUACAUGACAAAUUGUAAAUUCAUUAAGAAACAAAUGUUCAUUAAGCUUGCAAAUUGCAAGAGAAAAAACAGUGAAAAAUAAGAUUUACUGAAUUGCAAAUAAUAGAAUCUUGACCAAUCCUACGAUGUGAUUGAAUGGCAAAAAUUACAAAGCAUGUGCUUUAAUUAAAUACUUUACUUUCAACAGUACUUUUUAACAGUUUAGAAGUAAACUCAUUGUUAUCAUUAGAAAAUAAAAAAAUAGAAAAAUCUAGCAUGCAUCUAAUUCUCAUGAAAUAUUUUACAAUUUAUGAAGAGAAAUGUAUAAUCAAAUCAGUAAACGGAAAUUUGAAGGUGCAUCGAUAACAAAAUACUGAAUAAACACUAUUGAGCUUU